GCAGGAGCUUCGGACCGAGCUCGCGCAGAAGCCUGUGUACCAUGUGAUUAUCCGCGGAAACGAUCGCCGGUUCGUGCCUCCGGGAGACCGGAAUACCGUUGACAUCGUCACGAACUACUUCGUUAGCGCAAUCGACGAGCUGAGAGACCUCUUUGUAGAGCGGCUCGACGAGGUGCUCACGGGAUAUGCCGAAACAGGAGAGGAGCCCAUCGAGGCUUUCCAAGCGCUGAUGAUGGACCCAGGCUUCGUGCGCUUUCUUGAAGAGUACUAUCGCAAUGGAGAUCAGCUCCAAGAGCGAAACCUGAAGCUCGUUGGCAGGCUGCAAGGACACAAAUGUUUUCUACACAACAUCAUCAAGGAAAACCAGGUAGAGCUGUUGCAGGAGUUGCUCGAAAACUACUCAGAAACUUCUACUAGGAUGGUCGAAAAGGAGAAGCAACCUCUCGCACAAGUGGCACCUUGGUUACGGUUGGCGGAGCCGACCCUUCCCAUGGGGUGUUACAAAAUCACCGCAUUCCAUCGCGCCGUUUACGAUGGUCGUGCGGACUGUCUUCGAAUAUUGCUUGAUUACGCUACUCGUCAUGACAUCGACGUAACCGCUCUUCGGAACAAGGAAGAGAAGCUUUGGCAGCAAGAGAACGGACUCGAGGGGAUGAAUUUGCUCGAAAUGGCGCUUGAACGGCAAAACUUUGAAUGUUACAACUUGCUGGCUCCCUACUUCGGAUUAGGUUUUCACGAAAGUGGCGAGAGGAAGGACCAAAACCCACGGGACUUCUCCAACCUGAUGUUGCCCAGGCUGGAAUUAUUGAUUCGUCCCCAAAAGGAGCCAGAAGUACAACACCUACAACCACACAAAGGCGCGUUGGCUGGGAGCACGAAAGCUGAAGAAGAUGAAGGCCCUGAGCAGGGUGAUGAUAAAGAUGUAGACCAGGCAGUAGUGGUUCGGACAUGGGAAGAUUUUGGAGCUGCCAUUGCUGAUUUCCUCCACCGUCCACGACACGAGACAGAAUCAGAAUCUGGUUUUGUUUCGGGUCAGCCUACUGGUCCUGGUGCUUCUUCAACAUCAUCAACCACUCAAGAACAUAAUGUCAACUACAACUGGAGUUCGGCUUCAUUCAUCACCGCUGACGACGUCAAAAUCAAAAACGAGGACAGAGGAUUUAAGUAUCUCGCUGGGCUGUCUGUGCAUAAUGUGUUCAUGGAGGAGACACCGACUGACGAGCAAGCAAGCGCGUUCUGGUCGUCAAUUCUGUCGGCUGCGGAGCACAUUUACGAAAAGAACGAUAUCCAUUUGAACACCAUCACCUUUCGUGCUUGUCGGAAUCGGAUGCCUGCACGGACACUUAAGACACUGAUGCAGGCGCUCACGCGGUUUCCGGUUAAGCGUCCUUUGCGAGCUUGUGCUUUCAACGUAUCGGGCUGGUGUCUGCCCCUUGUCCAAAUUCCUGCUUUUUCAGGAUUUACCCGACUGACAUCCUCUGCUAGUGGAGCCAGCACUUCGGAAGAUUCCGACUUUGCUCGAAAAACAGGUGAACAUUAUAGGGAGAGUACUUGCAAGCUCUGUUCUGAGGUAACCACCCGUACCACUUCGAACUCGUCGCGAGUCCUGUCAUCAACCUCAGCGGGCACUUCCCCUGAAGACGCAUCAGUCACCUCUUCCGCAGAGACUUCACCUGAUCUUUCGAUUGAUACCGUAGCAACGCUCGGACAAGGUCAUCUUCAGGACGAGCUACUGAGCCUGGACCUCCAAGUGUCGUCGUCUGCUCCAGGGUCACCUCUUGCAUCAGCUACAGAUGAUUAUGUUGAUAUGGCGGUCGUUGUCACUAUGGUUGACGAGAUCUACGCACAGGCCUUCGCAAGACAGAACGAAAACUUCAUUCAACUUCACAGAACGCACUGGAUGCUGUUCAACAAGAUCUUGAAGAAGCAGCGCAUGCCUCUCGAUUCGCAAAGCUCGAUAAAGGCAAAACUAGUUGCAUUGAGCUCGGCCACGCUGGCGGAGACGACGCUCCUGAAGAUGAUGAGGCGGCGAACUCACAAACACUUGGAAACGAUCCAAAAGAGCGAGGAAGAUCAAGAGAGGGACGCCUUUGGAACUUCUUUAUUGCUUGUCGCAGCGCCGCUGUCUGUGGCUAAUGUUUUCUGGGAUGUCGCGCGUUUGCUGCAUGAAGAGCCGGCAGAUGCUGGCAAUAACCUCGAAGCAGAGGCAGUGAUUUACUUCGGUUAUUGCAUUCUCCUCUGGUUUCGCCACUGGUACGCAGCUGCUUCACCCAUCAACCACAAAGACGAACGACAGGAGGUGAACAUGAAUUCUUGGGAGACCUUUUGUUCAGUGACACUUCGCACUUUGGGAUACUCUGUGGAGGAUGAAAUCGAAAGUGGACGACUCAGCGAAGACGACUACGACGAGUUGUGUGGAGAUUUUCGCGGGCUCCUCGAUCUUGCAGUUGAGACCUUCCUCCGUAUGGACGUCGCCCUGCAGCAUUCUUUCUCCCGUGUAGAUCGCUCGUUGCUGCCUCGCAAAUGUGUCCUCCUCGGAAAAAAUAUAGAUGCGUCUCCUUCCAGUGAUGUUGUUGAACCUGAUGCUAAAAAUGUCGAAGGGCAGCAAGCGGAAGUAGAAGUAGUUGCUACUCCUAAAAAUUUCUACGAAUAUUGCUGCGAAGAUCUCUUCGCGGAAGAUCUCUUGAGAGAGUUACCACGGACACGACGCGCACUUGAGAAGAUACGAUGUUUCUACGUCGCGUGAUGUUGACAACUCGUUGGCUUGGUAACAACGAGACGAAAAAAUAGAAAUACUACGAUGGACGAUAGGGUUAGGGAAAGUGCUGUUGUCUUUGCUUGUCAACAUGACAACACAACUUUUGGAUUUCAUAUAGUUCGUUGAGGAAGACUUUUUAUCUAGUAACUUCUGAACCUGGUGACGAAAAAGAUGGCAAUGCCAAAAGCUCCUUCAUUCUAAUAGACCACCAUGACCAUUUCAUUAUCUGUAUCAUUCAUUGAUUCAUCCUCGGAUACCUUAUGUUUAAGUCACAUAAGAAACUGAAUCAGCAUCUUCUUGACACGCUAUAGGUGAUAUCACAUUUUUCUUUCAUGGCCUGCUGCCUCGUAGCCAAGGUGGCACUCAUGGACUCAUUCAUUCAUCAAUCGGGUGAACUACAACAGCUACACCACUCAUUCCAAAACCACAUACUCCUAGACGCAGAGCAAAUUUGAAAAACAACAAAGCAUUCUCAAGCGGUGCUCCCAGCGCCAAUUCAUUUACACUUCGAUAUGUUGGUCUAAGAACAAUAAGAUGGGACUAGUCCAGUUCCAUCAUACGGCAUCGGUCGUCCUCGGACGAUCCUUAACAGGAGUUGGUAUAAUCAUGUUG